AUGCUUGGUGGAAGCGAUCCCCUGAAGCCCUCCAGUGAAGUAGCGUGUCUGUUUCCUAAGAUGGAUUACCGUUAUAUAUUGAUCAUCGUCUCUGUCUUGACCAGUGUUUCUAGUUCUUUCGGAUCACAAGCUAUAACGACAUCAAGUGGGAAAACGACAACUCUCCAAUGUCCGAUUGCAAACCUUGUCUCUGAUCUGCAGUCUCUCUACUGGAGGAAAGAUGGGACAACAAUCUAUUCCUUAACAGGCAGUGGGGUGCAUACUAUUGGGAAGUACCUGGUCACUUUAACAGCGUCUCUCGUCAUACCUGAUGUCACGGAGAGUGAUGCUGGAAACUAUUCCUGUAAAGUUGUUCGGCAGUCCUUAGCAACCGAAGAGAGUGAUGUCAUGCAGCUAUACGUGAUAGACGUAUCUGUGAGCCACUGCAAAGGCACUAGGCAGGAGGUGGGUGGUUGUAGCUGUUCCAUCAAUGGUUCAAACAUUACAUCCUUGCAGUGCUCUGCAUCAGGUUUUCCUCAUCCUCCAGUUAUCACCUGGGAGGAGGAUAGCAUCAUCUACCAAUCCUCAUCUGUUAACUUGACAAGGUUUCGUGUAAACACCACUCUCAUCUGCAAGGCAAGGGAUGAGAAUGUGGAGAGUGCCGUGGAAAAUAAAACCGUGUGCGUCUACUAUGCGUUUGAAGUAACUUCGUCCUGUGGAUCCCAAGUUGAAACAACUACUGCGUCGGUAAAUAAUCGUGGUGCAGCUAUAGUGUUAUACAUCUUCCUGAUCAUCGUGCUCUUAACAUUGUUGAUACUUUGUUUUGCAGCUGUGUAUUUACGCAAAGCAGGGAGAGUCUUCCGUUUACCAUACACACUCAAGAAGACUUCAACGUCCAAAGUAUCCAGUGUAGGAAAUCUACCCACAUCGCAACCAGAGAGCACACCCGUCAAGGAUGAAUUUGAAGAUGGUGACUGCAAUCAAGACGUUUCCAAAGUAUCCAGCGUAGGAAAUCUACCCACAUCGCAACCAGAGAGCACACCCGUCAAGGAUGAAUUUGAAGAUGGUGACUGCAAUCAAGACGUUAUAGUUUAA